UUGGUGGUGCUGGUCCACCGCCCUACUAUUCUCACCACCUUCAAUCUGGUUAGCACCAAUCUUCUCUGCUUGCCUCCGUUGCAGUCUUGCAGAGCACCAAAAGGAAAAGGUAUGUUGCCCAUGGUUGGGACUUGGGAGGCUGAAGGUUGAUGCUGCCAAUAAAUAUGGAGGCAGCUACGAUUGCUGGUGGUUUCAUGGCGAGUUUUGCUUGUUUUGGAGUUUGGGACUUGGGAGGCUGAAGCUUGUCAGGGUGCUGUGUUCUGUCUAGUGGCCUUUGGUGGUAGACCGGCAGAAUAAUGGUGUUGGUGGAGUGAGGGCAUGCCUGAUUCAGCAGGUCUCUCUGUCUCUACAUAACGAAGUGACCAUUUCCGCUUCUGAUCCACAGCUUCAAGCCAAGGCCGGCGUCAUGGACCCUGGCUCCGACAUCAUCGAGUACGAGAGGCCCGGCGUCGUGCGCGUGUACAAGAGCGGCCGCGUCGAGCGCUUCGACGGCACCGACACCAACACCGUCCCGCCCUGCCCCUCCGGGGACCCCGCCUAUGGCGUCGCCUCCAAGGACGUCGUCCUCGACGCCUCCGCCAACAUCUCCGCUCGCCUGUACAUUCCGGCCGCGGAGCCUGGCAAGAAGCUCCCCGUCGUCGUUUACUUCCACGGCGGCGGUUUCCUUGUCCAAACCCCGGCCUCCCCGUUCUACCACGCCUACACCGCGUCGCUCGCCGCCGCGGCGCCCGCCGUCGUCGUCUCCGUCAACUACCGCCUCGCUCCCGAGGACCGCCUCCCCGCCGCCUACGACGACGCCUUCGCCGCGCUUAAGGCGGUCGUCGCCUCGUGCCGCCCGGACGGCGUCGAGCCGUGGCUCGCGGCGCAUGGCGACGCCUCCCGCGUCGUCCUCGCCGGCGACAGCGCCGGCGGCAACAUCGCGCACAACACGGCCAUAAGGCUGCGGAAGGAACGCAUCGAGGGCUACGGCGACGGUGUCAGCGGCGUCGCGCUCCUGCACUCCUACUUCUGGGGGACAGAGCAGGUGGGCGGGGAGCCCACGGAUGCCGCCUACCGCGGCGAGUUUGAGCGAUUGUGGGACGUCGCCUGCGGCAGCCAGUUCGGCCCCGACCACCCUUACAUCAACCCGGCUACGUCGCCGGGGGAGUGGAGCCAGCUCGGGUGCGGCCGCGUGCUCGUCACCACGGCGGAGCUCUGCUGGUUCGUGGACAGGGCGCGCGCGUACGCGGAGGGGAUCAAGGCGUGCGGAUGGGACGGAGAGGUCGAGUUCCACGAGACCAAGGGCGAGGAGCAUGUCUACUUCUUGUUUAAGUCCGGCUGCGACAAUGCCGUCAAGGAGCUCGCCGUCGUGGCCGACUUCGUCGGGCGCUGUUGAGGUUGCUUGCCUUUUCUGCUCGCCCGAUGAAUGAUUCAACAGUAUUUUCUUUUUUGAAGAAACAGAGUGAUUCAUCGGUAAUAAGGGAUAACAUAAUUGGUGAGGGAUAGGCGCCGAUCAACCGGCCAAAAUUUCAUUGUGAGAUUCAGGCGAUCCAGAAUAGCAAUGUCAAAUUCAUAAA